GCCGAAAGCAAAAUGCACAUUAGUCUGUAGGAAAAAAGAGCAGCAAAAUACAAACAAAGCGCUAACGUGAUUAACGCGCCUUUUUAUGAAACAGUCCCAACUCCCAAGUACCAACUCCCACAAAAUGAUUACCCAUUUCUCGCUCGAUUUUUAUACUUUUGCACUCACUAAUCCUCUCUCAAAAAAUUCUUUAAAUCCAAUACCAUUUCCUCAGAUCUCGUCCGAUCGAUAGGAGCUGAAUUUCAGAUCGACUCUUCUCGUUCAAGUGUUCCGCAAUUGUGGGGAAUCACCCCAACCAUGUGGAGAUUCAAACCAUUUGCGCAUAAAGAACAAACUGGUCUUGAAGGCCGCGUCAUUGACAUUGGCAAUUUUAAUGUUCAGGUUCGAAAUCCCAUUGCAGAGGGUGGAUUCUCAUGCGUUUACUUAGCUCGAGACGCUUUACAUGGUUCCAAGCAGUAUGCAUUAAAGCACAUCAUAUGUAGUGAUGAAGAGUCGCAAGAAUUAGUGAUUAAGGAGAUUUCAGUAAUGAAAUCUCUCAAAGGGCAUCCUAAUAUUGUCACACUGCAUGCCCAUGCUAUCUUUGAUAUGGGUCGCACUACAGAGGCUCUCCUACUCAUGGAAUACUGUGAGAAGUCCCUGGUAAAUGUUCUGGAUAGCAGAGGAGGAGCCGGAUUCUUUGAGGAGAAGCAGGUCCUAGCAAUUUUCAGAGAUAUAUGCAAUGCUGUCUUUGCAAUGCACUGCCAGAAACCGCCUAUUGCUCAUAGAGAUUUGAAGGCUGAGAAUCUUUUGCUGGGGUCUGAUGGCUCGUGGAAGUUGUGUGAUUUCGGCAGCACUUCUACUAACCAUAAACGCUUUGAGAAACCUGAAGAAAUGGGAAUUGAGGAAGACAACAUAAGGAAACACACGACACCUGCAUAUAGAGCUCCUGAGAUGUGGGAUCUGUUCCGAAGAGAUCUUAUAAACGAGAAGGUAGAUAUAUGGGCGAUUGGGUGUCUCUUAUUCCGCAUAUGUUAUUUGAAGUCUGCAUUCGAUGGUGAGUCAAAGCUCCAAAUACUAAACGGGAACUAUCGAAUACCAGAUUUACCCAAAUACAAUAAAUUGCUGACGGAUCUCAUCCAGGAUAUGCUUCAUUCGUCCCCUGAUGACAGACCAGAUAUCACGCAGGCAAGCAUUUUGCUUGAUUGGCCAUUCAUCUCGAUGAAUUUAGGCACGCCAAAGCCUUCAAACAAGCCUAGUCCAAUGCCUCGUAGGAAUCCCCCUUCUCCACCCUCAUCCGAAGCACCCCGAAACGUGUCAUCAGCUUCGAGUAAUUUAAGAGGAAGUAAUAACCCUGGUCCUCUUGGUGCUUUUUGGACCACUCAGCAUGCAAAAAUUUCAGAAACCAGGGAGGAAAAAACCCUGCCAAAAUAUGGAGACUUGACCAAUCAGAAAUCAUCUGCAAACGAGAUGACCUGUCUCAAUCGGCAUACAGGUUCUCAGAUGACUAUCCAAAAGGAGCAGAAUUUUCAAUCUCAUGUUCAGAAGAACGCGCAAGGCAGACCGGUCAGCAGGCUGAGUGGUGGCCUAACAAACAACUCAAAUCUCUUUCCGGACAAUGCUAAUAAUACCGAAAGAUCAAAACAACCCAAACAAGACGCCACCCCAGCCGUUCAACAAAAUGAUGCGUAUAAUGCUUUUAUUUCUGUAUUCAGUUCAACUACUGAACAGAAUCCCGUAGACAACUGUCCGAAACUGGACAAGGAAGAAACAUUGCAGGCUGAGGUGGAAAAGCUGAAGGACCAGCUUGUGCAUGUGAAUGUGGAGAAGGCCGAAGUAACCUCCAAAUAUGAAAAGCUUUCAGCAAUUUGUAGGUCACAAAGGCAAGAGAUACAAGACCUUAAGCUAGCUCUAGCGGCUAGAACUCCAUCACCAAGCAGGGAAUCUUAUUCUAGAAACCUGCCCUCUCCUGGAAGCAACCCGUCUUCUGGUGAAUCGAAUGUGAAGAUUGAAGGAACUGUUUGGGAACUCCAACAGGGCUUGUUUGGCCGUGGAGGGUCUCCAAGCCCGGAUUCUAAACAGUGGCAGACAUUUGCUGAUAAUCCCAAGCCACAAACUGUGGCAGCAGAAACUCCUCCAAAGUCAGUCAGAACCAAAAACAGUCAGCAGCAUAAAAAUCAAGUUGCCGAAGGUGCCACUUCUCUGGGAUUUGCUACCGACACUUUUAAGGUAGCACCUGCCGCUAGUUCUAAGAUAAACACUGGCGGGUUCAAUAAUUCUCAGGGUUUUGGUGGUGAAUCAAAGAGCACCGAGAGUAAGUUUGAGGCCCAGCCUGCAGGAUGGGCUGGUUUUUAAAGUUCAUCAUAAAAAUGGAAGAAGAGCCCGUUGAGAAAGUGUACGUGGCAGGAACAUAGAAACAAUAUGUUUGUUUUGUUGAGUUUGUUGUGUAUUAUAUAUUUACAAAACGUGGUCGAAACAGUUUUAGUAUGUGAGUUCAGACAGGGAUCGGUUUUGGAUGGGGAAAUUGAUGGUUUUAUGUAGAUUUUUUGAGGCACUGACUUGGUUAUGAGUUGACAUUUUUGUAUGCUACCUCUGAUUAAUCGAGGCCUUGUGAGGUUAUAAACUGGAAACAAAUGGAUAUGUGGACGUGUUUACUAUUGUGCUGUGUUGGGGAUGAUGCGGAUCUUGAUUGUGGGAGGAUGAAAAAAGAGAAAAACAAAUCAGUAUGAUGAUGACGUCUUUUCUAAUCU